AUGGAAGCCCGGACGAAAGCACCAAUCAUGUCAAUUGUGCUGUUCAAGGCUCGUAAAGCGACAUAUGAGACAUGGUUCCGCAACCAUGCCAAAGCAAAGAAACCAGGGAAACCCCCGAUCAAGAUGGGGCAGAAAUGGACCGAGAGAAGCGUCAUAGACACACUCCGGAAAAAGGAGCUCUUGAAGAAAAUCGAGGACGAGACUGGUGCCAAACCCGGAACAAAGGAGAUGAUGAACCAUUACACAGUCCACCUAAACCGGCUGAUGGCAUCACUGUCACCGGAAGACCUUCAAGAAGCCAAACAGACGGCCGAUGAAUGGAAUAGUCAGGGUGUUCCAGAUGAUGUCAAAGUCGAGAUCGCGAGAAAGAAGGGCGACAACAUGAUCCGAUAUUUUUCAUCAGAGAUGUGGAACCGUGCGGGAAUGAGAGUGUUCAUUUUAUCAGCUUGGAAGGAUGGAGAGAGCAAGGUCCAGGUGGCCGGACAUGACUAUAACCAAGAGUUCGGUGGUGCCGAGUCGUUCAUGAAGAGUUACAACUGGAAAGUGAUUGAGCCAGAAUGGGACGCAUAUGCCGCCAGUGUAUUCGAGGGCGAUGUGGACGAGAAUCCGGCUGCUCAGAAGAAAGGCAGACAGGACAACACGUAUACCCUUGACAUCGGAGAUGAUGGAUAUCCUGUAAUCCCUGAAUACGUAUCCAUGGACUUAGAUACAAAGAAGGCAGUUGUCCGGGCAUUUUUGACAUGGCACUACAGGACGUGCUGUGGGGACCCUAAAGUUUCUAUACCACGGAAGUAUGUGAUACCCAGGUACGACAAGAUCAUUCCCGUACAAUAUCUUCCGGAAGGUCACAAUCUCGCCAAGCCAUCAAAGCUCAGGCAGGUCCACGCCACAGAGCUUUUACGAUUUUGGUAUAGGAGACAGGAAGAAGGCGAAGAGCACGUCUUCGAAUUUACAGGAUGGUGGGACAAUGAUAGCCAGGAUAUCGUCCUUGCGACCGACCACAAUAGGCGUGUCACAAGCCGGGCACAGCCAACCACCCAGACGAAGAAGCCAUCAGGAUCAAAGUCGAAGAAGCAUGGCCAUCACGGGCAAUCCACAGGUGGACAAUCUUCUGGUAAAAAGGGGAGCAACGAUGAGCCGGCCCCUGCACAUCGUUCCGGAGUCAAGGCAACGAAGAGUGCCUCAUCUACCACUCCCCAAAACCAGAGCGAGGGAUCUAAGAACAAACGCACGUCUUCCGACAAGGACAUAGAUUGUAUCGGGACAACCAAUGAGUCCUCUGCUGAACCAUCUGAGCAAUCAGAUGAUGAUGCAGUUGAAGGGGAGGAAGUCGCAUACGGGGUUGCCGAGGCACCGCUACCGAGCGUCUGUCAUGAGUAG